GGUCAUAAUCACCAUCGGCAUGGCUGGCGCUGGCAAAUCGACCUUUGUUCAACGAAUCAACUCUUACUUGCACUCGGUCGACUCUCCGCCAUACAUACUCAACCUUGAUCCGGCUGUUAGUCAUGUUCCGUUCGAGCCGAACAUUGACAUCAGGGAUACGGUCAAUUACAAGGAGGUCAUGAAGCAGUACAACCUCGGACCAAACGGCGGGAUCGUGACGGCACUCAACUUGUUCACAACCAAGUUCGACCAAGUGCUCGACCUCGUGGAGAAGAGGGCGGAGACGGUUAGCCAUGUUAUCCUAGAUACCCCUGGGCAGAUCGAGAUUUUCACCUGGUCUGCAUCUGGCGCCAUUAUCACCGAUGCCGUCGCUGCGUCCUUUCCGACGGUGGUUGCCUACAUCAUCGACACCCCGCGUACGACAGCGCCUGCAACGUUCAUGUCGAACAUGCUAUAUGCAUGCAGCAUCCUUUACAAGACAAAACUGCCGUUCAUCCUCGUGUUCAACAAGACGGACGUGCAACCAUACGAUUUUGCCCUCGAGUGGAUGCACGACUUUGAGGCCUUCCAGGAAGCACUCGCUACCCAUCGCGACUCUCGGGACUCCGAAGGAGAGCCAACAUAUAUGAACAGUUUGAUGAAUAGCAUGAGCUUGGUCCUCGACGAGUUCUACAAGCAUCUAACGGCAGUCGGCGUAUCGAGCAUGACAGGAGAUGGUAUCAAAGAAUUUUUCGACGCCGUAGAAGCAUCGCGAGGGGAAUAUGAGAGAGACUACGUUCCGGAACUGGAGCGUGCUCGCGCUGCUCGUGAACAGUCACUCAAAGCCGUGAAAGAAGAUUCUAUGAACCGGCUCAUGAAGGAUCUCGCGAUAGACCGUGCUCAGAACCCAGAAAUGGCGGCGCAAGAUCGCUGGGACCCAGAUCAGGAGGAAAUGGACGAAGACGACGACACGGAGAUCGGUAUCAUCGACAGAACCGAGGGACCCUGGCCUGGCGAUGGGCGCGGAGAGUACAUCGACAUCAUGAAGGUCCGACCCCAAAAUGCUCGUGAUGGUAUGGGAAAGAACUGGCCCAAACCGGAGUAAGGCAGGAGGCAGCAACUGUAGGAUUAGGAGAGGUUCCUUGCAUCAGAAUAGCGUACACACGUGCGACUUAGCACGGAAGAGUCAUUAUCAGUCAUCGGCACAUGAUAAAAAACCUGUGCCCAAUGCUCGGCCUUGUCUACAGCCAGAUGGAAUCCAUUAUGCAGACCACCGAUUGAUACCGCACACCAUGUAUGCC